UGCAGUCGCCAGAGUAAGUGAACCGUGAGCUGCUAGUUUGAUGUGUGUAGCUCGAAUUUAUUCAGUGGACUGAUAGUCGAGCGAAGUUCAGGAGGGUAAACAUCAGGUUCAGUUUCAACAGCUUGAUGGCAGAACGGCAGCCUGGCAAGACAAUGCUCUUUAAUGAAGAAUCCAAAGAUGAUAUGCCAACAAAUAACCUCAACUGCCCAGAAAGGGGUGGUGCCAAUAGGAAACAUGGCAACCUUGAGCAGUCAUCAGAAAAUGCAUCCUUACAACACUUUUAUGAUUUCUCCAGCAGUGGACCCCCCAUGCAAAAUCAGAGAACCAGCCGAAGGCACAAGCAAACAGAACCAGGCAUCACAAAUUAGCGUCAACAGGAGAUCCAGCAGAAAGUGCGGGAGGAGGAGAAGAGGAAGACAGAAGAGGAACAGAAGGGGAGAAAGAUGGAAGAACAUAUGGAUCACCUGAAAAAUGUGAUUACCAGAUUGCGAAAGGAGGCAUAUCAUAAAAACAAAAAAAACUUCAGCAUUUUCCUUUGGAUGACCUGUUUGCUGGGUGCAUUAGCAGCAUUUAAUAUCUGGUAUUUCGCUUUCAAAGGAGCUGAGGUGAACCAUCCUAAGCUGAGACUGAUGAUGGUGGGUAAGACUGGAGCUGGGAAGAGUGCGUCAGGAAACACCAUCCUGGGUGAAGAGGCUUUCAGAGUCGAGGCAUCUCCAGCCUCUGUGACUGCACACUGUGAGAGAAGGAACAAAGUUGUGGGUGGAUGGAACAUCACCUUGAUUGACACCCCUGGGGUGAUGGAUACAUGGCUAGCAUCAGAUGAAACAGCCCACAAUGCACCUGAAUGUAUCUCCAUGAUCAAUCCCGAUGUGUUCCUGCUAGUGAUCAGACUUGGGAGAUUCACGGUGGAGGAGAUGAACGCUGUGAAGUGGAUUCAGGAUAGCUUCGGAGGAGCAGCUCUGAGGUUCACCAUGAUACUCUUCACCGGUGGAGAUCUGCUCGAGAGGAAACCAGUGGAGAACUUUAUCGGUAACAGUGUUGAGCUUUUGAAACUUGUGGACACUUGUGGAGGGAGAUAUCAUGUCUUUAACAACUAUGACAAAAAUGACCAAACUCAAGUCACAGAGCUUUUUGUGAAAAUCCAUCAAAUGCUGUAUGAGAGUCAGGGCUAUAGUCACACAAAAGAGGUGCUCCAGACUGUCCAGCACAAAAAGAUGAAUGACAUGGCUUCUAAGCUGAGAGAUGUGCAAUAUGAGAACAUAAAGCUGAAGAAAGACUUAGAGGAGUCAAACAGGUGGCAAACGGCUGGACUUUAUUUAAUAGUCCUUCUAUUAUGUAUUGUUUUGGUUUGUGGAAUGAAAAUGAAACGGAGAUAAUUUAGUAUCUUACUAAUUUAGUAUAUUACUAUGUGUAUUUGUUCAUUACUGGAGCGUCUCAACAUACUCUUUUUUGUUUUUUGACAAGGCCACUUGUAGACACCUGCAAGUAAUUGUUUCCCCAAACAAUUUAAAUUAAACCAGCUGUUACUGCAAUAAAUUAAAGGAUCAAUAACCAGUCUGUGAUCUGCACAACAAUGUUUUAUAAAAGGAGUAGUCCAGCUCAGGAAUAGGAUUUCCAUUAUGGAGUAGAAGCCUGAAAACCCAUGCUUAGGAUUACACUAGCUGCAUGGAUAACCUCAGAUUUGUAUAAAAAAUACAUUAUAUAGGAAUGUAAAUGAAUACAAACACAUAGACUUUUGUAGUAAUGGACUACAUAUGACAAUAACGUGAUCAGAUAAGAAAAAAGGUAAAUGUGUUCCAUUACAGUUAAAGAGACGGUUAUCAGAUUACAGGCACAUUAUAAAAAUAGAUUGCUCACGAGAAUACGUUCAAAUCACUCUUUUGCACCAAAUGUGAUUUUCCUUCUUUUUUGAGCAAAAUUGCUAUAUUAUUUUAUUCACUCUCUGUUCAUUUUCUGUAAACGUUUCUGUAAUCAUUUCUAAAUUGGAAAGUAGCUUAUGCAAUCCCUAUCCAAUAAAAAGUAGUCUAUCCAAUUCCUGUCCAAUAGAAAGUAGCCUAUCCAAUCCCUAUCCAGUGGAAAGUAGCGUAUCCAAUCCCUGUCCAAUAGAAAGUAGCCUAUCCAAUCCCUAUCCAAUAGAAAGUAGCCUAUCCAAUCCCUGUCCAAUAGAAAGUAGCCUAUCCAAUCCCUAUCCAAUAGAAAGUAGCCUAUCCAAUCCCUGUCCAAUAGAAAGUAGCCUAUCCAAUCCCUGUCCGAUAGAAAGUAGCCUAUCCAAUCCCUAUCCAGUGGAAAGUAGCGUAUCCAGUCCCUGUCCAAUAGAAAGUAGCCUAUCCAAUCCCUAUCCAGUGGAAAGUAGCCUAUCCAGUCCCUGUCCAAUAGAAAGUAGCCUAUCCAAUCCCUGUCCAAUAGAAAGUAGCCUAUCCAAUCCCUGUCCGAUAGAAAGUAGCCUAUCCAAUCCCUAUCCAGUGGAAAGUAGCGUAUCCAAUCCCUGUCCAAUAGAAAGUAGCCUAUCCAAUCCCUAUCCAGUGGAAAGUAGCCUAUCCAGUCCCUGUCCAAUAGAAAGUAGCCUAUCCAAUCCCUAUCCAGUGGAAAGUAGCGUAUCCAAUCCCUGUCCAAUAGAAAGUAGCCUAUCCAAUCCCUAUCCAAUAGAAAGUAGCCUAUCCAAUCCCUGUCCAAUAGAAAGUAGCCUAUCCAAUCCCUAUCCAAUAGAAAGUAGCCUAUCCAAUCCCUGUCCAAUAGAAAGUAGCCUAUCCAAUCCCUGUCCGAUAGAAAGUAGCCUAUCCAAUCCCUAUCCAGUGGAAAGUAGCGUAUCCAGUCCCUGUCCAAUAGAAAGUAGCCUAUCCAAUCCCUAUCCAGUGGAAAGUAGCCUAUCCAGUCCCUGUCCAAUAGAAAGUAGCCUAUCCAAUCCCUGUCCAAUAGAAAGUAGCCUAUCCAAUCCCUGUCCGAUAGAAAGUA